GGAACUUGACAUUGCGGACAAAGGUGGACUCUUUUGUUCUGCACGACCAGACGUAAUUUCAAUUCUGAUUUCGCCUUUCGGCUCAUCUGCAACACAGCUUCUGAUAGAUGAGAAGAUGUAUUGCGUUUUUCGAUGGUGGUGGUCUUCAUAGUCAAGACUCAUACCUAACCAGAAGCUGAAGGGCCAUGUCUGGGUUAUCAUCGAUAUCUUCUCGACAUGGAGAAGUACUCGGAGGUCGCCACGAAUUUGCCCAAGAGCGGCGACGAGAAGCAGGCUGCCCCCAUCAACUUUUCUCAAACACAGAAACAACUUUGGUGCUGCAAAGCAGCGCCAGCCACCUCUGAGUACUUUGCAGCGCCAACGUUGUUUCUGUGUUUUAUAAAAAAACUGAAGAUGGAAAGUUUCAGAAUGCAAUAAUUGUGACAGAAGUCAGCAUCUUAAGUUAGACACAAAGACAAGAUAUGCUGAAGAGACAAAUUGUAGAGAAGUCUCACAUAAAAUUUACUCAGAGGACUUAGCAGAUCAGAUAUGGCAAUCUCUGUAGAGAACUGGAUACGGCUUGGCAUGCCUCCGGGAAUUGUGAAGGAUUGUCCCAAUGUGUUGGUUACCAGAAUUUGAAAGAGUUCUGCACGUACAU